GACGCGUCUAGGUGACCAAGAGGCUAUGCCAGCAAAUACGAGUGUAAGACAUGACUCAGUAACCCAUGAUAAACAGCAGCACUCCCGCUGAAUUCUCGAAAGUGCUAUCUAUUAAGAUAUGACUAUUGAUGUCACUACUGUACGUACUCAUCCUUUUAUCUUACAUACGAAAUCACUUCUCGUUGCACGCCUCUUACACGCUCACCUUUGAUUCUCCGUCUCAAUCAGCGUAUUAAUUCAUUUCCUCUCGAAUCAUUUCCCUCAGUCUUUUGAUCCAAGACUGAGUUCGUUUCCCUCAUCUUCCUAGUACAACUCAUACUCUGAGCUCACUAUGACAGAUCGCGACUACGUCGUUACUGGGCACGGCACCAACAAGGAGGGCAAUCACUGGUGCACGCGUGAUUAUGGGAGCAGUGGUACUGGUCACCAUUACUCUAACAAAGAUGGCUCGUUUUACUAUGAGAACUCAAACGGGUCCAAAUACUACGACAACGGGGCCGGAAAAGCAACUUUUACAACCCCGGAUGGCCGUGUCGUCAAGCUCCAGAAGUAAUUAGGGGGUUUCAAACGGCUGACCGCGUCAAGGAUGGCAUGUGGUCUUUGAGAAAUUGACAUAAUACUUCCAGACGAAGUUUCAAAGCCCCUUCCCUUUCUAUUUGCUUAUAUGGUUUCUUUAUGCUGCAGUCUUGUUGAGGCAGAUCGGCAAUUGGAACUCAUGGUUGGUAUCAAGGUCGCGGACAUCACGCUUGGCUCCGCGGAGUCGGAAUCAUCAGUCGAUCUGCACUAAAUUCUCA